UUGCGCCUGAGCCCCCUUUUCAUCCCCUCAGAGUCGCCAACUAGGUGUUUCUGCCAUGUCCCGACCAAGACCGGCUACUUCCCCCUUGGCCCUGGCGUCUAUGCGAUCCUAGGUAUCCCACGCGAAACGAUACAUGCAACGGAUCAAGCGUCUCCUGCCAGUGCCUGUGCCGUCCCCUGCUCCGGCCCCUGUCCGGCCCAUUGGCGCCUCUGAUUCGCCGACGACUGCCUCGCGGCACCAUCCAGUGCCAUCUCCCCUCCCUGCCAGAGUGCCAGAUCCCAUGCUUCGAGUGGGCGACUACGUCGUCCGCACAAUCUCCCGUGUCCUCGUCCUGGUCCAGUCGUUCCAGUGUCUCGGUCCUUCUGUGCCAUCCUUCUCCUCGAGUCUCUACCGUCUCUCUCGUCUCCGUCCUUCAGGCCUCGUCUCACCAAUCGCUUCCUAUCUUCUUCUUCUCCUCCUCCUCCUCCUCCUUCUCCUCUCGUUCUUUUCGCUUUUUUGCCCGUCUGGGAUCCGGCUUGUGGUGCUCGACUCUCCUAGUCCUGGGAGCUCAGUGAGGACGACCAAAAGUUUGCUACGAGACCUUGCCUUGUCUCACGCUGAUGAACCCAUGAAAUAUCUCCUUGCAUCUGCUUGUACGACGACGACAACAACGACGACGCUAGCACAGAAGCAUUAAUCUGCCAGGGGCUUGCAAGUACCACCAGAUUCUCGCCAGAGUGGAAACCGACCAGAUUCAGUCCAAGAGUCCGCUUCAUAUCCCCCGACCCUGCGACACACAGUCACGGGCUCUCGUUUCUUCCCGCUACACAACCUGAUCCGGCCAACUGCGAAAGGCCUUCUGUUUCCAUCUGUUUUCUCGGAAACAUCCAACAGGUGUUCCGUCAAUCGAUAAUUCUCCUUUGAUCCGACAAGGGCCGGCCCUCCUGAACUUCCAGAACGCGUACUCACCAGUCACUCAUUGUUCUCAACCUUCUCUUUGAUUAGAGACUUACUCAGCAUCAUCAUCUGUCACUCAUUCUCUUUCAUUUUCUGCGAGCUCAUCAUGUCGCUAUAGCUGGCCCGGACAUCAUCAACAAAGACCUCUUUUCUCCGACCCGGCGGAUUCACCCUAAUAUCCACACCAUUUUCUCCCCGUUUGGCACGGGGAGACAUCCGCCAUCACAGCAAAAAUGCCCCUUCCCGAACCGGAAGUUCCGUUAACAAAUGCGUGCGCUGUCAUCUUCGACAACACGAUUUAUACGUACUCAGCCGACGCGUUUCAGUCGCUACAGUUAACACCAGGCGCAAAGUGGAAGAAGUUGGAGCAGGGCGAGAAGGUCACGGGCGGCGUUUGCGUAGGGGCGACAACAGGCACGGCAGCGACGUCUUCACUUUUCAUUGUCGGCGGGAAGGGCCAGACGGAGGGCUACCAGGGCAUCCAAAAGUACACGUACUCGACAGGGAAAUGGGAGUCUCUUCAGUUGCCAGCACCGGUAACACAGAAUCGGUUACUGCACGGUGCCAUCUAUCUGAACGCAACGGAUUCCAUCCUUGUCUACGCUGGCAAUCAGGAUGGUUCAACUGGCCCAUCCACACAAACAUAUGCCAUCGGCGCGUCUCCACCGUAUAAUGUGCGAUCGUUCGAGGCCAGCGUACCGCCUGCUAUCAACCCGAUUCUCUUGCCAUGGUCGGACAGCGAGGCUGUUAUGCUCGGUGGCAGCACCUCGAACACACAGGUGAUGCUUUUCAAGCCUGAGACAGGGUGGAGAGACUCGGGAGCAACCCUUGCCAAUCCUAUAGCGAAGGACACAUCAGCAAUCAAGGCGGCAUUGGUGCGCGGCGAUGAUGGGUCACAAAACCUUUAUACCUUUGACAUGACACAAUCACCCAACAUGGUGCAGCGGAUAUUAUUAAGUACUGGCCCCGAGCAACCUAUUCAGAAAGCUGGGCCAGCGAAGAAGCGGGAUGUUACGAUACAGGAGGAAGAACGAUCGAUUGGCGAAAAGAGGGAUGUGCUGAACGUGUUGACCUGGCCGCAUUACAACGCAACCCUGGCACCCACCAGCACAAGGAGUAAUUAUGCGAUCGCGCAGGAUGCCGAUGGCAUGGUUGUUUUUGUGGGAGGGAAUUCGGAGGAACCUCUAGCCAUGUUCAAUGCCAGGGACAACACUUGGUAUAAUGCGACGGACAUGUUGGUGGAUCAACAGGUGGUUAUUGCCGACUUCACCUCUUCGACAACCUUGGAAACAUCGACGGCAGCUUCCACGACUGCUUCAACGACGACCUCUACGAGUCUUUCAAAGUCGGAAGCUUCGACGACGCUGGUCACUGCGACCCCCACUGCAGCUUCUUCGGUUUCCCCUGUGAGUGCCGCUACUGCGGCUGUCAGCAGCAACGCUGAGAGCUCGAACGAUUCAAGUUCCAAAUCCCACACAAAUGUUAUCCUUGCCGCACUACUGAGUUCAAUUUUUGGUCUUGCCAUUGUCUUGUUCGCCAUCUACUUCUGCAUCAAGAGGAAGGGUAGGCAGCAAGCACGCAACCAGACAGGCGAUGCAAGGGGUGGGAGCGGAGGACCUAGAGGAGCUUACGACGAAAAGGCUGGUUACGGGUUCCCGCCUGAUACUAAGGGUCCCUUCCGUGGCCAUGGACACCAGACGCAUGAUUCAUGUGGUUCCAUGUCGUCCCUGGCGAUGAUCGGCUACGGUACAAACCACCAGAAACCGGGCCGCUCUGCCCCUGGCCACAAGCUCAGUAUCAGCAACGCCUUCGGCGGGCGCGAUUCGGACGACAGCACCUUUAAGGCGUUCAAGAGCUCCAUCAGCAAGCCGGUUCCCGUUUCGCAAACCAUAUCCGCCGAGCCACCAGAGAAUCCGUUCUUGGCGGCACACGAAAAGGAAGUAUCGUUCGCGCCCAGCCCAGCCCAGCCGAUGCCACGGAAUCCUGCAGCCGCUGCCAACGUCGACCCCGAGAUUCGGCGCAGCUCCGGAUGGAACCGGUACUGGUCCGGCGGCUCAGCCCUGAACGUGAUCGGACUCGGCAACAACACCAACAGUGCCGUGAUCAACCAAGGCUCGCAACGAACCACUGUGGUCUCGGACGUGAGCUCCCGCUACAGCAAAAAUACCCAACAUAGAAUGACCCAGGAUAGCGCGACAGUGCCUUCACUUCAAGCUUACGAGUCGCGCGUGUCCUUCAACCGCGUAAACUCGGGCAGCCCAACCAUCGCGCAUCGCGACCACGAUGACGAGAAGCUUUACGAGGGUAUGAGUGGCCAGAUCGAAAUGCCCCGGCCCGUGAGCGGCGUGAGCUCCAUCUCGGGAUACUCGAGCGGCAUUCCCGCUUCCGUGCACGAUACCUGGGACCCGACCGAGUUCACGAAGCCAUGGGGCGCUAACCGCGCUCCCAGCAGUGCGUACAGCGCAAGCAUUUACACGACUCCCCUGGCGCCGGCGGGGAGGGUGCCGUCUCAGCUUGUCCAGCAACAACAGGGGACGCGUCAGCAGGUAGUGCGCGAUGACAUGAGCUGGCUUAACUUGGGCGGAAAAAAUGGCCGGUGAUCGGGUUCUGACUCGGUUGUUGCUUCUGUCAGUUUUUUCUCACUAAAAACGUCUGGUCGGCUGCCUGUUGAAGGUCGCUGUUGCUCUUUCAUUGUUAUUUGUUUGUUCUUCUCGUCGCUCACUCUUCCGGCUGUCUCGAUAGAAGGAUGGAUGAUGGCCAUCAAUAAUAUCCUGUAAUCGCGGCAUAUCCCGGACUCCCGUUAGUUCAGUAAUUUGCUGUUGUUCGCUUGCUCUUGGGUAUGAACAACUUGCCCACGCUCCUCAACGAACAUGUGGAGGAAGAGGUAGAUGAGGAGGGGGCGGAAAGAAAUGUGCUGUUUGUCCGCUUUAUUUCCCGACUAUCGUUUCGGAUACCCUGUUAUUAUCUGUUGCUGGUGCUGGUGUUGGUGCUGUUGCUGUGGUUGUGGCGAAAGAGGAAAGCGGCUGGAGCGGAGGUGUAGUUCUAGGUCAGAGACGCGGCGCCGGUUGUAAGAAGGAAGGAAAGGAAGGUCAUGCUGUUUAUUAAGUUAGUCCAUGUAGGUAGAUCCGGCGUUAAUCAUCAUCCAUCAUAGCGAUCAUAAUCUCUAACCGCCAGUUCUGUUCUUUUACUCGUGUUGUCGUUUUCUUCUUCUUUAGUUUCUUAAACUUUAGGUGUUAUUUUAUCACUUUCCGUUUCUUACAUUGAGCAAGCAUUGUUGCAUUGCAUCAACUUUCGCGACCCAGGUUCGGUCGCAGAUAGUUAUCUUCGUGUUUUUUUCUUUUUCUUUUUAUUUAUUUUUCCUCCUUCGGUCUUGUACUGUCAGAAUAGGCGUAGUGGACAAAUAUCAUGAAUCC